UAUUGAGUAUUUACAAAAGUAAUCUCAUUUUUUAAAUUAGUGAAAAAGUUAAUUCAAAAAUGCAUAAAGCUAAGAAGAAAACUAAGACUGGUAAAAUUCCUAAGCCGAUUAAGGUAAAGAAGGAAAAAACUGAAGAAGAUCGCACCCUUCAUCCCAUGUCGCACUACAUUGACGACCGGCUGGAAUUAGUAAAACAAAUUUUUGGAUCACUUAAACCAAAAACAAUUACAAAUCUAGCUCCAGAUUUCUUGAAGAAACAAAGUAUGGAUGAAAUUGAGGAGCUCUGCCUGAAUGAAUUGUUAGGUAUAUCUACCAAACGAUUGCUAUCCAUAAUUAAUGCCACAAAGUGCCCGUCGGAUACAGAAUCAUCCGGCGAUUCUGAUGUGGAACACCAAGAAGAACAUAUCUCACUUGAAGAAAUCUCAUCAGAUAGUGAAAUCGAAGGUACAUCUUCUAAUGCCGGAAAGAAAAAAUCCAACGCAUCAGACGCUAAAAACAACACCAAAAAAUCCACAAAAAAUCCUGCCGAAAAAGAUGAAAAUAAUGGACAAAUAAGCGUGUUGGAGCUUCUGGAAUUGCAAGCCCGUGCGAGGGCCAUACGCUCGCAACUAGCCCUCGAGCCAGUAACAAAAAUCGAAGUAGACUCAGAUCCCGAAAAGGGUGAUGGAAAAAAGGGCGCUCUUAAAUCCACAAACGGAACUACCCCCAAGGAGCAUAAACGUAAACGCAGACGUAAAUCUAGCGAGAAAAGUAAAGAUGCUGAAAAAUCGCAAACUUCCUCUUCGAAGGCGAGCAAAGAAACUACCAGGGCUGAUAUUAAAACGGCUAGCAAAUCAAAUGUGAAAAUAAUGAGCAAAGAAGAUGAAGCUCAAACAACAAAACCAACUAAAAUGAAGAGAAAUUAUCGCAUCAGCAACCAGGAGCCCGAAUCCGGGGUUAGCGAAUCUGAAAAUAAAUCUAAAAAUAAAGAAUCCUUGACUGCUACAAAAGAUGUGAAGGCAGAGACAAGGUCGCGUUCGCCAACACCAGAUGUUAUACCAAUAAUUCCAGAGCCAGAAACAUUAUUCAUCAGUGACAGUUCGGACGGCGAACACAAUGAGAAAGAUAAAAAGAAAGCAACACAAGUUGAGUGUGCUAAAAGCGGCAGUGCUAACGGCACAGAAGAUAAGGUUGCUAAUACAACUUCACGGGAACGAAAACUAACGGAACCAGAAGAAGGUGAACUGAUCGAAAGUCAAACGGAAAAUGAUCAACAAGACGAUCAUAUGGAAGUCAAUGAACCCAAUGUGGGUCCAUCGGCCACUGAAAAUACGGAGUCUGCAACGAAUCCACAAACAAUUAACGAAGUAACGGCCGAAACAAAUAAAUCACAAAACCCUUCUGUUGUGGAAGUGGCUGAAAAAAUAGAUGUUUCUGCAGAUACUGCAACCGAAGCAAACAUUUCGACCACAAAUACUGCACUGCCGAAAAAGGAGGAGGAAAACUUAGCACCCAGUCUGGAAGAUGAGGACGAUGGCAAUGAUGAUGUCAUCUCGCUCGAAGGUGGUGAUCUUGAAGAGGAAAUGAUUGAGCAUCUGGAAGAAGACACAAACACAAAAUCAUCCUUUGCAACUUCACCAAACAAAGCCAGCACAGCCAAUGAAGAGCAGGAUGCAGACGUAAUAUCACUGGAUUCGAGCGAAGAGGAUGAACGUGAUAAAACUAGUUCCGAAUCGUGGCAUUCGCGCUAUUUGAAGAGCUCUAAAGUAAGCAAAGUGCUGGCGACAUCGCGUCUUGGCAAACGUGUGCGUGACAAUAUCAAGAAGUCCAAACGCUCCAAAAAGGAUACGGAGCGUGUAAAAGUUGCCGAAGAGAAAGAAAAGCCGAGUCCAAGUUACGCCUCCAAGCACGAGGAUGGAUCUAUCGAGCAGUACAAAGAGUUGCUGGCUAUGCGGCAACGCAAAAAGUCAAACUGAAAGUAUUUAUGUAUCACAUACAUACAAAUAUAUGUAUGUAAAGGUAUACAAAGCAGAUUUAAGAAAUUACAAUACUUUGGUAUCAAAUCGUAUUUCCUCCUUGCUUAGACAAAGCAAAUAAUAUAAAUCCAUACAAGUUUAUGCAUAAUCAUACGCAAUCGAUAUAUUUAAUAAAAACCUGAAAUGAAAUGUAAAA